AAACGGUGAGGCCCGCCUCCCCACAACCACCCCUACUUUACAUAUUCUACACCCCUUAGCCGGUAAUAGUGACCGGAAUCCUCCAUUUCCGGUAUCUCAAAGCUCGCCGUUGAUUGUUUACAAUUCGAUGGAAGCGAUUAAGGAAACGGGUCGGAUCAAGGGUCCAUGGAGUCCUGAAGAGGAUGAGUUAUUGCAGAGGCUAGUUGAAGAACAUGGGCCAAGAAACUGGUCUAUUAUAAGUAAAUCAAUUCCGGGUCGAUCCGGAAAAUCUUGUAGGCUCCGUUGGUGUAACCAGCUUUCUCCUCAAGUGGAGCACCGCCCUUUUACUGCUGAAGAAGAUGAAACUAUUCUCAAAGCCCAUGCUAAGCUCGGUAAUAAAUGGGCUACUAUAGCCCGUUUUUUAUCGGGUCGAACCGAUAACGCCAUAAAGAACCACUGGAACUCGACGCUUAAGCGAAAGUGUCCUUCCACGUCGGAUGAUUUGUCAUUCGAAACUCCUCAGCAGCCGCUGAAGCGAUCGUCCAGUAUUGGGCCGGGUACAAUAUCAAUGAAUCCGGGUAGUCCGUCUGGAUCCGACUUGAGCGAUUCGGGUUUUCCUGGGAUUGCUCAAUCGAAUGUUUAUCGACCUGCCGCCCGACCCAGUGGAGUUUUACCUCCUUCAGUACCCGACCCACCAACAUUUCUGAGUCUUUCUUUACCCGGAUCCGGAUUCAAUGAAGCUACGGGUCGGGUAACCCCACAAGUAGCUGAACCGGAUCCCGCACCAUCUUCAGCUCCGGGCUUAAUGCCCCAGAAUCUUCCAGUAAUUGAGAAUUACAGUUUUGGUCCUUCAAUUAUGGAGAAACAGUUAUUUAGCCCAGAAUUUUUGGCAGUUUUGCAAAAUAUGAUACAUAAGGAAGUUAAAAAUUAUACGGAAAAGGGUCAGAAAUAUCCCUAACGUAUUGGAAAUGGUUUAAAUUUGCCCUUCUUUUACCUAUUGGGCCAAAAUUGUCCUUAACUUAAUUUUUGGGUAAAAAAUAUCCUUCUUUUUAACAGAACUAUGAGAUGGCAAAUGUGGGUCCUUUAAUUAAAUAGGUGACACUGAUAUAUUGGUCCACGUGGCAUUAGACCCAUAAAUAACCGAUCCAUAUGGGUUAACCCAAAACCACUAAAAAUCAAGUGAGUUCAGCAACAAUGGUGGAGCCGAUUUCAUCAAGCUAGGAAAUGAUUCGAGUUCAACAAUUUCACUACUACACUUGGAUUAGUAGAUACUGAAGCAAUGAUUUAAGCUUAAAAGUCAAUCUUCACAGCAAGGUAUAGAAGCAAUGGUUUAAGUUUCAAUCAGCUUUAGUCAAGCAAAUUAAUUAACACAAUUAAUCUCAACAAAGAAACUCAGCAGUAGAGGAUCAACAAUGCCCAUUCUGAGCUCUCGAAUCAGCAACUACUCUCGAUUCACCGCCUCCAUUCAAUAGGUUUUUCCGAAUGAUUUCAACAAACCUUAAUUAGUACUUCAAAUUUUUAUCAACCCCAGAUUCGUUCUUGAGAAAGAAAUUGAGAAUUUCAACCAACAGACUUCAAAUUCA